GCUGUAUUGGCUGUUGUGAAUUAAAGAAAAGACCCCCAUCAGGAAAGGUACAUGUCUUGUGCCAGCCCAGCUUUGGUGUGCCAAGAACACAAUCAACUUAGUGGGGUAGUCACAGCAUCUCGGCACAAAGUUUGAAUGGAUGUAAAAGCUCAGCUGGGCGCAAGUAUGGUGUCCCUCAGCCUGAGCUAACAGUGACAGGAGGAGGCCCUGUGUUGUAAGGAAAGGUCAGGGACCUCAGGAUUCAGGCUAAACAGGAAAGCCCGGGGAAGCACAGACCACAGGCUGGCACACCAUGGGCAGUAGAUGACAGAAGGGCCCUGGAAGUUGUUACCAUCAUCUGAGUGAGGGAGUGGCCACUGUCCUUGGGACCAGCAGGACUGGGGUGGUGCCUGCUUUUCCUGAGCAUAACCUAGAGUCUAUAGCAACAGCCCAGCAACCUUCUGCAGUUUCCCAAACACAGGCAGGCAGAGUUGAGCCACCUGGCCACAUCCAGUCUGUGGACACCGUAUCUCUGGCAGCUAUGGGGGUAUUCAGGAACCUGCCUCUACUGCUGCUCCUCAUCCUUGGCACCUCAGGGGUCUUCGUCAGAGCCACAGCACUGCUUGAUCUUCCGCGCACUGUGAAUGUGAGUGAGAAUGCACUGCCUGGCACAUCCAUCGCAGAAUUCGUUCUCAACUGCACGCACUUGAACAGUAACAUCAGCGUCACUCUGCAAAGUGUCACCCCACCCACUGCCUUCUUCAACCCACCUGCCAUCAGCCCCAGUGACACCAUGGACAAAGGCUACAGCAUUAAGAUCACACUCAGUCCCAGUGCUGCCCUGGAUGCCAAGCAGGUGAAUCAAUACACACUGGUCCUGCUGGCCCAGUGCCCAACCGAGAAGCUUGUUGAGACACAGCUAUUUGUUCAGGUCAUGCCAGAAGAUGCUGCCCCACAGUGCAUGGGCAAGUUUGCCAGUGCAGAUGGGGAUCUGGUGGAAGUCCCAGAGAAUGUGGCUCCCCUGUUACCCAUCUACGCUGUGAUCCUGCAGCGCCCAGUGAGUGGGCUGAGGUUCACCAUUGAAGACAACAACUCACCGUUCAGUAUCAGCUCCAGUGGCCAGGUGCUGGCCUCAGAAACUGGCUUCUCCUUGAGACAUCACAAUCAGUUCAGACUGCAGAUAUUGGUGACUGACAGAAGAGGAAGGAACUGCAGCGGGAUCCUGAAGGUGCAAGUGCUGCAUGUUCACCAGCCCCGCGUCAACUUCACGGUGCCAUGGCAGGCUGUGAUGGUGCAGGAGAACACAGGACCCAUGCAGAGGGUCACACAAGUCUCAGCCAGUGGAGACCACGUGCGCUACGAGAUCAUUGCACCAGCCUUUCAUAGGCUCUACACUAUCAACCCACGGACAGGUGAGAUCCAUAACACCUACAACGUGGACCUGGGGCAGUUCCCAGAGGCAGCCCACACUCAGCUGCUAGUGCAAGCCUAUGACAUGCUGCACCCCAGCGACAGAGCCACAAUGAUGCUCAACAUUACUGUGCUGAAGGCCAAUGUCCUGGCACCCCACUGCUCGCCUGAUGUUUUUGUGGCACAAUUGCCAGAGACCACUCCCAUUGACAGGACUCUGAUGACUCUGACCUGUACGGAUCCUGAUGUCAGCAAUAGCUCUCUGCACUACCAGGUUGAAGGUGACCAGAGAUCCCGCUACAAAUUCCGCAUGCAGGGCCACCAGCUGCAGGUCAACACCACCCUGGACUAUGACAGUGAAUCCAUUGCUGCUGCUGGCUUCCAGUAUGUGGCCACUAUCCUGGUGACAGACAGUAGGCAGCCUCCCCAGACCACCAGUGUGUCUGUGCUGGUGACAGUGACCCCUGUGAACGAGUACCCUCCUGCAUGUCCAGUGCACUCUACAUUCAGCGUGAGAGAGGAUGCUGCAUUUGGUUACAUCAUUGGUUUUGUAAAUGGUACCGACUGGGACUAUCCCUUCAACAGCAUCAUAUACAGCCUCGUUGGAGGUGCAGGUGGCAGCCUUCCUGAUUUCUACAUUGGUCCACGCAGUGGAACGAUUAAUGUACUCAGACCACUGGACUAUGAGAGACAGGCGACCUACCAGCUAAUUGUGCAGCUGCAGGAUGUGCACAAUGACGUGGACCCGAAGUUCCAACUGAGUGUGUCCUGCAGUAUCACCAUCAAUGUGCAGGAUGUUAAUGACCAACCCCCAAUCUGCCAACCCAUGAUUAAGGAGCUCUCCAUAUACUCCACACUGGCCCCCAGUCAGCCUGUCACAUAUCUGGAGUGCUCGGACUAUGACAGGAGCACUGUGCUGCCCUUGUGUUACACCAUUGUCGGAGGCAACAUCAAUGAACGAUUCCAUUUGCGUGGGAACACCCUUUACCACAACCGCUUCUCUUACGACCCUGAUGGGAUCUUCGACCCCUUAACCUUUGAGCUUCUGGUGGAAGUGUUGGACAGCUGCAGCCCGCCGCACCACAGCACGACUGCCACAGUGAUUGUGCAUGUGAUUCCCUGGGCCACAACUGUGCCCACCACUAGCACCUGGCUCACGACACCAAGGACAGAACCACUAGUAAUCACCCGGACAGACUACUUCUGGGAGCCCACACCCUGGUUUAUGGUGGUGCUGACCACCUCCAGCAUUCUUCUUCUGGCAGCCCUUGGAUGGAUGGCCUGGGGACUCCUGUGCCGGUCCAUCCCCAGAAAACCAGCCCAGCUGCUUCUGCAGGACAGAUCCCUGCCCCACACAGACUCUGUGAACAGAGAGAAAGGGGCCCUGCAUGAUCUGAGCAAGGAGAUGGAUUCUUCCAGCAUCCUGAGCUUGGGGCAGUUUGAUGGCCGUGCCCAGGACCCCUUGACAGGCCGAGAAUAUCUCUUCAACAGCAGCACUGGAGCACGGCGUUGGACCUGAAUGCAUCCCUUUCACCCCUGCACUACUAGACCUAAGAAACAUACCUUGUCCCCUCCCCAUGCUACUAGAUUAAUUUAAGUACAGUACAUACCCUGGCCCAGCUACCCCACCUCAGAACUAUGAAGAACCUUGUUUCUAUGUUCAUAUAUUGAUUAAUGGUCUGGGAGGGGAGGUCAGCAAUAUAUGCAUAUUGGGAGUGUGAUGCCCAUUGUGCCCACUGUGAGCGUAUGGUGGCAGCAGUAUUUCCAAUUUUAUAGGUUCCCAUUUAGAUUUUAAAGCUGUAAUCUAACCAUUUAUAUUUGCUGAUUGGGUAAAGGUAAUUACCAAUAUUGGCAGGCAAUUAAGUGAGGGUGACCCCUUUUCUUUGAGUUGCAGGAGUACUAGCUUGCAAAUUGUAAGGCAGGGGUCUUUUUCAGUCAACUGUCAUCUACUGUAAUCUUGGAGAGUGCCUGUCAGAUCACUUUGGCAUUCCUAACCAAUCAACAUGCAUGUUAAGUAAUCAAGAACCACCCAAGGAGCAUAAUAGAUAGUCGCAUAGGUUAGGUUUGGAUAUCAGAAGUCUGAGACAUACUGAAUACAACCUAUUAUCUGACAAGUGACAAACAGAAUUGAGUACAAGCACUUGUACCAGAGAACAGCAGAAAUCAAGAUUUAUUACUACUCUUAAUCAUCAGCUGUCAGCUCUUUAUUAUCUCUGAUAUGUUCAUUGAUGAUCAAGUAAUUCUCCAGAAGGCAAUGUUGCUCUUGUUGCAAGACAUUCAUGGGAAUGUGGUCCUUGCUAUUUCUAGUUUAAAAUAUUUAAGCCACUUGCUUAAAGUUAGGCCUCAUCUGUCUCUACCUUACUCUGGCAGUAGAACUUCU